CGUAGUUUCCUUUAGGGGGAAGUUUAUAUAAGGUGUAUUUAUGUCAGAUCUUUUUAACUAUUCUUUAUUUUAUAAAUAUUACAGGAUAAAAGAGCAGCGCGGAGAACCCGGAAGUAGGUGUGCGGCUGAUUCUGCUGUUCGGCUGAUCUGAGGCGGGUUUGUGAGGUGAAUCUGGCGGUACCGCGGUGUUGGGUACGGUAAAUGUAGGCCGGUGAGGCGCGCGGAGCGGCGGCGUGAAGGUGAAUGCAGGACUACAGGUGGUCCUAUUCAGGAAAUGCAGUGUGUCCUCAGGCUAGCUGCAGUGGCGUUCCCUAUGGGUUUGCUGCUUUCCAGAACAAUGGCGUGGAUAUCGAGUGGCAAAACACAUCCAGAACUCAUAAACCGUUUACGAGAACAUGGAGUUAUUCGUAGUGAUCGAGUGUUUGAAGCCAUGCUCGCCACUGACCGGGGGAUCUACUCCAAAGACUACCCUUACACAGACUCUCCUCAGUACAUAGGAUACAAGGCGACGAUCAGCGCUCCUCAUAUGCACGCUCAUGCUCUGGAGGUACUUGGUGAUAAGUUAACUGAAGGAGCGUCAGCGCUGGAUGUUGGAUCAGGAAGUGGAUAUCUUACUGCUUGUUUUGCAAGAAUGGUGGGUCCCACUGGAAAAGUGGUGGGGAUCGAGCACAUAGAUGAACUAGUGCAAGCCUCAGUGAAAAAUGUUCGAGCCGACGAUCCAGAGCUUCUGACCUCCGGACGGAUCAAGUUAGUAGUGGGCGACGGCCGGUUAGGUUUCCCAGAUGGGGCUCCUUAUGAUGCCAUUCAUGUUGGGGCAGCAGCACCAACUAUCCCCAAAGCGCUCCUGGAGCAGCUGAAACCCGGCGGGAGGCUGGUUCUGCCUGUUGGUCCAGAGGGGGAGACUCAGGUUCUGGAGCAGUACGAUCGGCAGAGUGACGGCACUUUUCUCAAGAAAGCGCUGAUGGGCGUGGUCUACGUUCCACUGACCGACAAACAUCACCAGUGGCCAGGCGGUGAGCUCUGAUUGCAGUGUGGUUGCCCCUGCAGGAGGUGGCUCUGGUGCUGCAGUGCAGCGAACACUUAGGAAAGAGUGCAGACCUCUCCACCUCCAUUCAUCCUCCACUCCUCCUCCUCUCAUCCACUCAUCUCAACCUGCUGCUUAGCAACCCACCUGCCGGCCCAUCCAGCCUCUCUCCAGCUUCCUGUUUACCGACUACAAACAGGACUUCAGAGCCGAACACAGACACAUGUUCCCCGACUGCUCUCAUCUGAUAUCAGACCGGCUUUGUUCUUCAUUCUUCUGAAACUCAGUGAUGUAAAACCUGCCUGAAACCAGGAACUCAGUUUUAGUGUUUGUGUCCCUGCAUUAAGAUCCCUAAAUAAACACUGUGUGCACUUACACUUCAGAAAAAGGUGUUUCAAAUACGUCAUAAACUGAUAGAAGUGAAGCUAAUCACAUUACUUGUAAAAUUAACCCAUUAAUGUCCGCAUCUGAAAUGUUCUGGCACAUUUACUAGUGCUAGUGCAUCUCAAAAAAUUCAAAUAUCAAUGAAAAGUUACUUUAUUUCAGUAAUUCAGUUGAAAAUGUGAAACUCAUAUAUUAUAUAGCUGUAUUACACACAGAGUGAUCUAUUUUAAGUGUUUAUUUCUUUUAUUGUUGAUGAUUAUGAAGCUUACAGCCAAUAAAAACACAGAAAAUGUUUAUUAUAUAAGACCAAUUGGUACUUUUGGUACUCAAUGUGGGCAGUGUGCAAAGUCCUGCUGAAAAAUGAAAUCCACAUCUCCAUAAAAGUUGUUAUCAGCAGAGGGAAAACACUGCAUUGACUUUGGACUUGAUAUAACACAGUGGACCAGCACCAGCAGAUGACAUAGAGAUGCGGAUUUUAUUUUCCAGCAGGACUUGGCACACUGCCAACACUGGCAAAAGUACCAAUUGUUCUUAUAUAAUAUACUAAUUUUCUGAGACACUGAUUUUUGGGUUUUUAUUGGCUGUAAGCUUCAUAAUCAUCAACAAUAAAAGAAAUAAACACUUAAAAUAGAUCACUCUGUGUUUAAUACAUCUAUAUAAUAUGAGUUUCACAUUUUGAACUGAAUUACUGAAAUAAAGUAACUUCAAUUUCAAUGAUAUUCUAAUUUUUUUAGAUGCACUUGUAUAUGGACAUUACAGGUAAUGUAACAAACUCAAAUUGGUACAGAUUUUUCUUUUGUUGUUGAAAGAGAAUAAGUAUAUAUUUGCAAUUAUUGCAAACAAAACAGACAGAGGUAUCAGUAGCAUUAUUUGUUUUUUGUUCUCAUGAGAGUAAAGCAUUAAAAAAUGGACUGCAGUGUUUGUGUUGAUAAAUAUCUGUAACAUAACCAAUUUAAAAAAUACAAUUAUCAUAAUUUACAGUUGUAAAUGCAAGUUUGUGAUGACAUUUUUGGCACUUAUCGCAUAAAAUAUGAUAUUUACACCAUGAAUUAAGGGCAGCAUUAGACCAGUGGUCACCAACCCAGUGCAGGAUGUACUGUAGGCCUCUGGGAUCUGAGUUUUAAAAAAACAGCUUUAGUUUCCUGAUACCACUUGCAGGUAUUGGACAUGAAUGGGUUAAUGUAUUAUGACUGCUGUGAUGUAUAAUUUCUAAACAUGAUAAAUCAGUGUAAUAUUUUUAAUAAUAAAUAUGGUUAUCAUUAUUAAA